AUGGGGGUUUUGAAAGCAGUUGUCACGGAUCAAAAUCACAACGAACAGAAAGUUGUACCAGUUGAGACAACAGAUGAAGAGACAAAAGCCCUCUUUGUUGAGGCAUUCAUAGCUAACAACCGAUUAGACUACAGCACUCAACUAAUGGGUUACCAUGGAAAGUACUUGGAAUGUUUUCUGAAGACUCAGAACCACCUGAUGCGUGCUGAUGGACCAUUACCCUUUACUUUCCGGCAUUAUAUUGCCAUAAUGGCUGCUGGUCGGCACAAAUGCUCAUAUCUCAUCCGUCUACAAGCAACAGAGUUCCUGUUGCAAGGUGGAGAUGCAGAUUGGCUCAAGGGUCUUGAAUACAUACCACAGAAACUCCGUGAUCUCUCUGAAAUCAACAAAUUACUUGCCCAUAGACCUUGGUUGAUCAAUAAAAAUCAUAUUGAGAAGCUUACCAAAGGCUCCAACAAUUGGUCAGUGUCUGAAGUGACCCAGGCACUGAUAAUCCUCUCUCACUUCCACACUUUAUCAGGGUUUAUUUUUGGUUGUGGGAUCAGUUCAGAGAUUGAUGAUGACUUAGGCCACACUUAUCACCAGAGUUAUGACGAUUCUUAUGAGAAUGGUUGCCAUAGUGAUGACGAUGAACAGUCCUUUGAUUGUACAGAUGGAGGUAUUGAGGCUCUUCUGGAACGUAUGAAACAGUUAACAGAGACGCGAGAAGAGACAACACAUGAAGAAAUGCUGAAAGGUUUUGACAAAGUUGAAUCACCUAAUCUUGAUUUGAGUUCAUCAAAUGAAGUUUUAAAUGCCACCAAAGCUGAUAUCCUUAGAUAUGUUGAUGAACCCGAUUUCACAUACCAAGACUUUGCAAAACGGCUAAACUGUCAAGAAAUUGCUACAUUCCGAGCACAAGAUUACUCUUGGGAAGAUCAUGGUUUCUCCCUUGCUAAUCGGCUCUAUCCGGAAAUAGGAAGCUUACUUGAUGAGAAGUUCAGAGUGGCAUACAACAUGACAUAUAACACAAUGGGGGAUACAAGAGAUGUUGACACAACAGCAUUUCGACGAGCCAUCUGGAAUUACAUUCACUGUAUGUAUGGUAUCCGCCAUGAUGACUACAAUUAUGCUGAAGUCAAUCAGCUUCUUGAGAGAAAUCUGAAGGCCUAUGUUAAAACAGUCACAUGCUAUCCUGAGCAGGUAUCACGUAAAGACUAUGACAGCGUGAUGAGAGAAUUUAAACAUUCAGAAAAGGUCCAUGUAAAUUUAAUGAUGUUAGAGGCUCGUCUCCAAGCUGAACUGCUGUAUUCUUUAAGGGCUGUCAUGAGGUACAUGACCUGA